UUUGUUGAGCGUCAUAACAUUGAGUUACGCCGGCAAGUGCGGACCCACAGAUACAGACACACGUAUAUCGAUGUUCUGAAUAGACAUACACAUUCACGACGGUGUGCGAGACGACGAGCGCGAACUGUACUAUUAUUAUUUAUUACUAUAAAUAUUGUAAAGUGUCGGUUGUGUGUUUUAUUUUGUGUUUAGAUAGUAAUUACACUGCGUGACAAUUUUUCCCAAGUGCGUUACCCUCGUGAAAGCCAGCAAGCUGUUCGCGCCGACGGAAGAAAUGUUGACGAUGGAAAGUGACCUCAAGGGAGGAAAUCUGCACGCCACGAUGCCACCCCAUCACGGGCUGCAGGCAUACGGAUCGUUGAGCGCUCUGGGUCAGACGCCCAUGCAGCAUCUGCAGCAUCCCCAUCAGCUGCACCAUCAAGCACCACCACCGCAGUUGCACCACCAUCAAACGCAAAGCCAUCACCAGCAGCACCCGGUGACCGCUGGCUCGCAACACCAGCAGCAGCACCCUGGAAGCGGUUCAACACCGAACAACAACAACUCUUCGAGCAAGAACCAAAAUCUCGAGAGGGUGAAGAGACCUAUGAACGCGUUCAUGGUAUGGUCCAGGGGACAACGCAGGAAGAUGGCCCAGGAAAACCCGAAGAUGCAUAACUCUGAGAUCUCGAAGAGAUUGGGAGCUGAAUGGAAGCUGUUGAACGAAUCCGAAAAGAGGCCGUUCAUCGAUGAAGCUAAAAGGUUGAGAGCAGUGCACAUGAAGGAGCACCCAGAUUACAAGUACAGGCCGAGGAGGAAGACGAAGACUCUUUUGAAGAAGGACAAAUACCCACUCGGAUCGAGCAUGUUACCGUCAUCGGAUCCGGUUCGUUCGGCCGCCUCCUCCGUGCAGCAAGUGACAGCAAGAGAUAUGUACCAGAUGCCUAAUGGAUAUAUGCCCAACGGGUACAUGAUGCACGACCCCAGCGCAUACCAGCAGCAGUACGGGGGUGCGAAUUACGCGCGUUACGACAUGAGCCAAAUGCAGCAUAAUGCUUACUUGAACGGCGGCUACGGAGCGUACGGAGGAACCGUACCAAAUUCCGCCGGAUCUCCUUACGGUAUGCAGCAGGCGGGGUCUUCGCACAGUCCGUCCGGGUCCAGCAUCAAAUCGGAGCCGGUGUCGCCGAGCUCCGGAGGACUUCACACGCCAACGCCCGGCGGUGGCGGUGGCAUCAAACGCGAAUACGCCACCUCCCAACCAGGCGGUCAACCCCAGCAGCAACCCCAAGGUGAUCUCAGACAAAUGAUCUCCAUGUACCUGCCCACAGACGCUACCCAGCACAUGCAACAGUACAGUGCGUCGCCGGACCCGAUGGGUCCCGGUCCUCUGGCCCCCUUAGCGCAUAUGUGAGAACCGCUCUUCGCGGCUCCGGACUUGGACGUGCCGCCUCUGUGAAAGUUGUAAAUAGACAUCAACCAUCAUCAAAUCAAGUUAACGCAAGACAGAAAAAAGAAAAUUAAAGAAACGUAAUAUCUUAAGUAUUAAGAACGACGAUCCAUUCAAUCCGUGUUUUUAAGUAUUUCAUAAUUCACACAACAAAUACACAUACACACACACUCGUUGAUGAUUUUCCUUGCGAAAAAACAAAUUUGCAUGAAGAAAACGACACCGCUCCGACAUCUACCCCAAAACAAACGAAACUUUUGAAGCCGAUGUCGGGGACCGCGACGUUUUCUCCUUACAAAAUUCAACCUUCGACAUAUUAUAUAUAUAUAGAAACGGAAAUUUUUCACACAAGAACACAAACACAAGACAAAAAUUUACAAUUAAAAAAACCUUUCCGUGUAAAUAAUAUAUUUAUAAGGUGAACAAGAGAAAAGCGCGUUUGUAUUAUAUAAUUAGUAAACUAAAAGAGACAAAAAAAAAA